AGUCCUAUUGUCAGCAAGGAGGGUUUCCCUGCUGACAUCCUGUCAAAACAUUAAUUGGUGUUCUGAUGCAAUAUACUGUACACGUUUUCUUUCAAGUUACGGUAUAUGAAAGAGGCGAUUGAAGGGGCUCAACUGGAGUGUGUUGCUGUCACUUUCCUUAAGGGUUUGCGUGGGGUCAUGUUACUACAUAUAUGUAAGUAUUACUCCAAAUAGGUUCACCCUGCACGGCUGGAGACUGGGGCCCAGAGUGGAGCCUCACCACCGGACCACUGUUACCAGCUGGAGACUGGGGCCCAGAGUGGAGCCUCACCACCGGACCACUGUUACCAGCUGGAGACUGGGGCCCAGAGUGGAGCCUCACCACCGGACCACUGUUACCAGCUGGAGACUGGGGCCCAGAGUGGAGCCUCACCACCGGACCACUGUUACCAGCUGGAGACUGGGGCCCAGAGUGGAGCCUCACCACCGGACCACUGUUACCAGCUGGAGACUGGGGCCCAGAGUGGAGCCUCACCACCGGACCACUGUUACCAGCUGGAGACUGGGGCCCAGAGUGGAGCCUCACCACCGGACCACUGUUACCAGCUGGAGACUGGGGCCCAGAGUGGAGCCUCACCACCGGACCACUGUUACCAGCUGGGGUGACAAGAAACCUUGCGGAAAAUAGAUUUAGGAUUUUACAGUAUGGUGUCCUGAGGGGAAAAUAAUCUUGACAGUUCAGAACACAAUGCUCAAACCUAUACUAUAACCUUCAGGGAAUUGUAUACUACAAGUCUGACACUUAUUUUGACAUUUUUUGAGCUACAUAUUUUAAUUUGUCAAUGAUUAAUGAUUAAGACAUGUACGUUGACUGUCAAAAGAUGACAGAGUACAUAAAAAAGCAUAAUAAUAGAGCUUGUUUAUAAAAAAAAUCUCUGGUCCCUGCAGACCUCAAAUCCUCGUAACAGCCCCGAUCUUGACUAGACCAUGGAGGUUUUUGUGUGUUUGUCAACCCUUCAUCACUGACACAAGUCCAACACAACUGGGAUUCAGGUCUGGUGUUUCACUUAUUUAGUCCAAGUCCAAGUUUACUUUCAAAACAUGCCAUUUUGCUUUAAAGGAUCCCUGAUACAAAGCAAUUCAAAGCUACAUACAUGUUAGAUAUGUCCAUAAUAAUAAUGUAAUUGCCACUAUGAGCCAAAAGUCACAUCCAUAAGUCCAGGUUAGCAUAUUAAGGGUUAAUGUAAAAAGGAAACUGAGGUUAAUUGACAUGACACUCCUCUUGUUUGCCUGUUGAUUAACGAUACAUCAGUGCCUCUUAAAAAGAAUUGAUAUAAUCAGUCCGUCUCCCUAUAAUAAACAAGAGAUUCAGCUUAAACUUUGUCCUACUUUACUUUGUCGUCGUCGUCCCUCCCUCCCCACUGUUCCCACCAAACCCACAAUGGUGUGGCUUAGAAAACACUGCUUUAGAAACCAGCGGCAAAGCACAGUCCUUUUAAUGCUACUUAGGACCAUUUAGAGUGCAGGCACGGGCCAUUCUUGAGGGUAUUUAGAAGCCAGGAAUGUCGUCUGGAAGAAAUACAGCUUGGAGCACUGCUAGUGAAGAACUGGGAGAGCAGAGGACACAGCCCUUCUUCACACAUUUGGUUAUUUGUUUUUUCUUGCCUAUUAUUUCAACCCCUCCCCCCCCCCAUCUCAUCAUCACUUGCUGUAAGCUUUGAUCACAUCUGCAUCCAUGAGUGAUAGGCCUCUCAACCAGGGCUGAUUCCAGUUCAACAGCUUGCCCUUUUGUUCUCUGCAGGAGUAUUAAUGCUGGCAGUCUGGGGCCAGCGCCGCAGCUGUGUCCUCAGGCCACUCACAAGGGGGUCUCGUCUCCGCUCCAUCAAGUCAGGAAUCAGACUUUAACUUUUUUCCUUUCUUCCCUUUCUUCCUUGCCUGCUCUCUCUGUGUGUGUGCGUAUACACUCUCCUCCUUACGCCAGGCGAGACUGGUAGUCGGUUCUUGAAACUUCUCCAAGGCAGGUCGGUUCUUCCCUGCCCUCCCCUCUUCCUACCCCACUCCCCCCCAACCCUGUUUUUUUUUUAAAGGUCAGGUUUAUAAAGAAAGGUUAAAGUUAAAUUAGGUAAAAACAUAGAUAAAUUGAGAGAAUGGGCGAUUACGACAAAGACACUGCCUUCAUAGGACAAUCGGGCCGUUACUUCUGGGCGGCUUUUUUCCUGCUCAACACCGUGUUCAUCUCCACCGGAUUCACCGGCCUCUACAUCGUCUUCGUCGGGGCCGUGCCCCCGCACCACUGCCUGAUUCCCCACCAGGCCAACCUGACGGCCGAAUGGCGGGCGGUCAUAGUUCCCACGGAGACGGCGGCCAGCGGCGAGGAGCGGCCGAGCCGAUGCAGCCGGUACAGACUGGACGUGGUCAGCAACCUCUCUGCCCUCGGCCUCAUACCCGGCAGGGACAUCAACCUCACCGAUGUGGCGCAUGAGGGUUGUGUGGACGGCUGGAGCUACAGCCAAGACAUCUUCAAGUCCACCAUCGUCACAGAGUGGGACCUUGUCUGUGGUGAUUCAUGGAAAGUUCCCUUUGCAUCUUCAACCCUCUUUAUGGGCUUCCUGAUUGGAUCCCUCAUAUCAGGCCAGCUUUCUGACAGGUUUGGCAGGAAGAAGGUCCUUUUCGUUUCCCUUGCGGCCCAGUUUGUAUUUGUUUUCCUUCAGUCUCUCUCCACGUCAUGGAUACUGUUCUGCAUCACCUUCCUCUUCAUUGGAGCUGCCCAGAUAGCCCUCUAUAUAUCUGCCUUUGUACUAGGAACCGAGUUGCUGAGUAAGUCAAUGCGUGUUCUUUUCACAACACUGGGGACGUUCCUCUUCUACUGCAUCGGCUACAUGUUGCUACCCUGGCUUGCCUACUGCUUCAGAGAUUGGAGGACACUGCUGGCAGUCAUCUCCUCCUUCUCUUUAGCCUACAUUCCUUUAUGGUGGUUCAUUUCAGAGUCUCCAAGAUGGCUAAUCUCUCAGGGGAGAGUGGCAGAGGCGGAGUUCAUACUGAGACGUGCUGCCAAGAAGAACAAGGUGGAAGCUCCAGAAGUCAUCUUUAAAGAAUCUGGGUUUGGAGAUGGGCAGAAAAUAAAGAAAUACACCAUUAUUGACGUACUGAAAUCCAGAAAACUAAGGCUCAUCACACUCUUGUGUCUAACUCUUUGGAUGUCUGUUAACAUUGGUUACUUUGGACUAUCUCUGAACACCUCAAACCUAAGUGGUGACCCUUACAUGAACUGCUUCCUGUCAGCCUGCACUGAAGUUCCUGCCCAUGUCAUGUCCACUCUGCUUCUGAGGAACUGUCCAAGAAGAGCCCUUCUUUCCUCUUUCCUCAUCAUCGGUGGUGGAUUUCUACUCCUUGUCCAGUUCAUCCCCGAGUCUCUCCAUGGUUUGACUCUGGCCAUGGUUCUGACUGGGAAAUUCGGUUUCACCAUGGCCUUCAGCGUGGUCUACAUCUACACGGCGGAGCUUUACCCGACGGUCCUGAGGAACAUCGGCAUCGGAAUGUGUUCUUCCGCGGCACGCAUCGGAAGCAUCACCGCUCCGUACGUCAUAUAUUUAGGCACAUACAGCAAGUUUCUGCCCUACAUUCUCAUGGGAAGCAUCACAGUUGGCUCUGCAGUGGUUAAUGUCUUCCUCCCAGAGACCCUCAACAAACAACUGCCAGAGACUGUAGAGGAGAUGCAGGAAUGUCAAGGGAUUUGCAGGAGAAAAGGAAACAAAUCAGAAGACUUGGAAAAGAAGGACAACAUAUCUCGACAUAACUACACGAGUGAGCGAGUGCAAGAGUGAAAAAGAGAGUGAGAGGUAGAACGAGCAAGAGAGAAAAGAAAUUCCAACUAUGCAGAGUAGUCUUUAUGAAUGAGGGUAGUGGAGAUUACAAGUGUUGUUUUUUUCAUCUCCAAGCAUUUGUACAGUAUGACCAUAGUUUCAAACUUCGUACUGCCAAGGUAGCAUAAUACAUAUGCAUACAUAAUGCUACCUCUGUAAAUAAGUAACAUUGCAAGAGGAUGUUAGAAAGACAGGCAAAGGUUUAAAAAAAUAGGAAACGACAAUGAAGUAACAAACAACAUCAUCCAUUUCGUCCUUUUAUAAACCUUAAUGGCUCUGCGUUCCAGAUGGCAGAUCAGAAUCCCCUUUCCCCAGUUAAAACAUUACCAAUCUUUACUUGAAUAACCGUUUAUGGAUGACAGCAACCAUACAUGAAAAUCCUUCACAUAGAACAUACAAAAUAAAAACUAUGCUAUACCUGGACAGCAAAAGUUCUAAAUAGUGACCACCCUUGAUCAAAACACUUGAGUCAAUAAGAAAAUAUAAUCUUCCCUUGUUAGAUUUUUUUGUUAUGAUCGUGUACUGUUUUCAUGACUAUAUUGUAUAAUGUUGCACUUGUGGGAAUACAAUAAAUAUCACACAUUUACUUGAA